GGACAACAAAUGUUGUGCGUCUAUGUGGUCUGGACAUGGCCAGGACGGAGGCAGCAGGACAAUACGGAUUUCCGUGGGCAGGUCAUCGGUGGAUAAGCGUUAGUGUGGACGAAUUGCUCGUUGUUUGCUGAUGAAUUUCAGGCUGGUAGUCCACACUCAUGACAGUUUCGCUGUGAUUCUGUGAGGAGGUUGAUCCAUGGGGUGCCUUGCGAUCCCGUGCCAGGCUGGUAGGCUUCUUUUGCUGCGUCUGCCGAAGUCGAGGAUUUUUGGUUCAAAUUUGUCUGCGUCAGAUGUCCUGCUUCGCGGUUUGAAGACUUCACGGUUUCAAUCCACUUCCCCAAAUCUGUUAUCUCGAGCAGGAGGCAUUCUCGAUAGAAAUUACACUGGAUUGCAAUCUCUGAGAUGCAGCAGCAGCGUUUCGAGUAGUCCGAGUACUGCAGGCAGUUUGAACACCAGGAAGGAGAGGAGAGGCCGGAUCGAGAGGCCUGAGAAGGCGGCAAUCACUAUAGAACCUUCUGGACCCCGUAAUGAUUCCUUCCUAGCAGAUGACAAUGUCACCUGGGAGUCACUGAAUCUUUCAUCAGAACUGUCCGAUGCAUUGACGCGUGCCAACUUUAUGCGCCCUUCGCUCGUUCAGGCAUCCAGUAUUCCAGCCAUUUUGAGCGGUCAAGAUGUAAUUGUAGCCGCAGAGACAGGUAGCGGAAAGACGCACGCGUACUUGGCCCCUCUGUUCGAUAUGAUGCUGAAGAAGCGCAGGGAGGCUGACGAGGCCAAGGAGAAGAGCAGCCCUCGCCGCUUCUCGUUAGUGCUGUGCCCUAAUGCAACUCUAUGUCAGCAAGUUGUAGAUAUGGCAAAUAUGCUUCAAGACCGUGAAGGAUUGGCCAUGUUGGACGUAGUUGCUAUCUGCGGGGGACAGGGCUGGCCAAUGAAACCACCGGACGUUGUAGUUGCUACACCAGCUGCCGUGCUAAAUCAUCUCUUUGCGUAUGAUCCACGGAGACGUCGACGGAAAGCUUUCGUCCGAGAUGCCUGUUGUGUGGUUUUUGAUGAGGCAGAUAUGCUCUUGAGUGGAGGUUUUGCACGAGAUUUGGAUCAUUUGCUCAGUCUCUUUCGGCUAGAGGAAAGACAGCUGGCAAAAAUCUAUCAGUUUGGCCCCGUUAUAUCUCAACAGAAAUUGGAACCUUGGACCGAGUUUAGGGGGCAAGAGGUCGACGCCAGCGACGGAGAUUCUUCUGAGGACGAGGAAGAAGAUAUAAGGGCCAUAGACGAAGACUCAGUAUUGACUCCAGAACAUUCUGAAAGUCGAAUUGAUCAAAGCAGUGUCAACGAGGACAGCAGGAGCUACUGGCAAAGUAAACGCACAUUCAAGAGGAGUAAACAGUACAUUUUUGUUGCUGCCACGCUUCCUGACAAUGGGAAGAAAACUCCCGGUGCCCUGCUCAAGCGAAUAUUUCCUGAAGCACAGUGGGUUAAUGGAAGCUUAUUGCACUGCCACAGUCCCAGAAUACAACACAGAUGGGUUGAAGUUACCGAUGAAACAAGGAUCAAGAACCUUAUAGAAGCUGUUUCGGAAAGUGGGAAAAGCGACGGGGACCAAGAUUCUGGCACCAUGCGCACUAUGGUGUUUGCGAAUAGUGUCGAUGCUGUGGAUGCGAUCUCCAGGAUUCUAAGCAAGGCUGGUAUCAAGUCCCUUUCAUACCAUCGAGAAGUCCUUUUGGAAGAGCGUACUGAGAUUUUAAGAAGUUUUCAGCAUGAAGGAGGGUUGUUGCUGUGUACCGAUGCUGCUGCUCGUGGUAUAGAUAUUCCCAACAUCGGUCACAUCGUUCAGGCCGAGUUUGCUUCAUCAGUUGUGGACUUUCUACACAGAGUUGGCCGUACAGGAAGGGCAGGUCAAACGGGGAUGGUUACGAACUUUUACACUGAAGCUAAUCUUCCGCUUGUGGAAGCUGUUAAGAAUGCGCUGACUGAGAAGCAAACCGUGGAGGGAGCUUUCAGCCGGAAGAGGAGUUUUCGAAAUAAGCUGAAGAAAUACGGAAGUGAGCGAAGAGGGAAGCCACGCGAUGCAGUUGAAGCGGAUUGAGAUACCUACUCCUUGCACUGUACAUUAAGCGUGCUGCGAGUGACCCUUCGGGGCGUUCAUGCCGGAGGUGAAGAAUUGCUCUCUUAUAGAAGGGAAUGGUCCGCUUAACUGCAGCAACACUCACAUUAACCGAAGGCUUCAAGCGUUCAUACUCAAAAGUUCUGCCUAGAGUGCAGCAUUCGAGAGGGGUAGGCGCUGGUACUACCCCGGUGUACAUUACUGAAAGAUUAUUGUCGAAUAUCGAAAAGAGAUUAUCUAGUGAUGUUUACCUGAAUGCCUUUCAGUUCAUGGAUAUCAACCUUAAUCCACGGUGGUGGUGAUAGGUUCUCUUGCUGGUAAUUGUUUUUAUCUUCAAGAAGUUUGCACUCGAAUCUAUCAUGGCUUUCAAGAAUUAUCUCAAAAUACAAUUUGGCUGUUGAACGACCAAGGAAGAAAAUAAUUUUUUUUCGAACAAUGGGUUUAUUUGGUUCGUGAACAUUCCA